ACCCGUUUCCGCUUUUCCGCGUACCAGUAUCGGUGCUACAUAGCUGUUCACUAAACCUUCUCCAGUUCUCCUUCUGUAGGGUUUUUCAUCCUUCUCUCGAGCACUAAAAAUGACUAAGCUGAGGAAGCUGAAUCGCCCAACUGGUCAUCGAAUGUCCAUGCUCAGGACAAUGGUGUCGCAGUUAGUCAAGCAUGAGCGUAUAGAGACCACUGUCGCUAAAGCUAAGGAAGUCCGUAGGCUUGCUGAUAAUAUGGUGCAGCUUGGAAAAGAGGGUACUCUGUGUGCUGCAAGGCGUGCAGCUGGCUUUGUGCGCGGUGAUGAUGUUCUUCACAAGCUGUUUACUGAACUGGCAUAUAGAUACAGAGAAAGAGCUGGUGGAUAUACAAGAUUGUUAAGAACACGUAUUCGAGUUGGUGAUGCUGCUCCUAUGGCAUAUAUUGAGUUCAUUGACAGGGUAAAUGAACUUAGACAAUCAAAACCACCCACCCCACAGCCACCACAAAGACCAGCCAUGGACCCAUGGACAAAGUCUCGGCUCUGCAGGCAGUUCGCACCCCCUAAAGAGGAGAAAAGUUCUGACUCUGAGGGUUGAAAAAUAUUAAGUUACAUAUCAAAUACAUGGAAGAAUUUCUCUUCUCUUGCAGUUUGUAUCUCCAAAUCUGUUACUCCCUUCUUUCCAACAUGUAAGUUACACCGGUGCUUGCACGCUUUUUACGAAAAUAAAGAACAUUGUUUUUAUUUUAGAAUUGUAAUCUUGUAGAUGUCAGAAAGAUUGGUAUGAGUACUGGAAAAGUAACAGAUGAAAUUAUAGACAAGUUGAUUAACUGAAAAUGUAGAAAGCUAGUGUAGCUAAAACAGAUGGUGCUUGUGGGGCUGAUGUGGACAUGGUUUCGAGUGGUUACAGAAACCGUUACCAGAAGUGCUAGGUCCUGGCCGGUAGGUGGACAUGGCUGAUUUUGGCUAGGUUUGGGGUUUUGGAGGCCUUUCCGAUCCCCUAUAACGUAAAUUGGUGAAAUUGGUCUGGUUCUAGGUAGGGCACAUGUGGUUCUAGAUAAUUUUUUUUAUUUUAGAUCGUCUCUUCUCCGAUUUCUUGGCCUGUAACAAAACCGUUGCUGGAUUGGUUGAUAUGGUCUUAUUUGGAAGAAUGCAUUUAAAUU